GAACCUGUGAAAAUUUCUACUCAGAAAAAUAAACCAGAAGAUAAAGACUCAAGAGUUCUUGAGGUACAGUUACCGAAAAAACGCGGCAACAAUAUGAAAACAUCUCGCAUCCCCAAGCUUGGCAGUCACCAGAAGACAUCCAAGAGCGAUACUGACAGCUGUGACACUGUCUCACAAGAUUUAAAUAAUUAUUUUUCCAAUUCUAAAGUUACCUUGUUGAAGGCUGGGGGCAGUGAACCUGAAGAAGGUUCACCAAGUUCUAAAAUCACCUACAGACGUUCGAGAACUAAAGUAAGGAGGCGCUCUAUGGUCAUUCAAAAGACCUCGUCAGUCCGUCUGCCUCAUGAUGACGAGAGCCAACAGUCCAAACCGGAGAAGGUCCAUGAUGAAGAGGAAGCAGAAAAAACAGAGCCACCUCCACCAUAUGAAUACAUAUUCCAUCCAGUGGAGGAGGCAGGUCUCGGGUCAGAGGAGAAUCAGCCUCCUGCAGCCAGGAGGAAAACGCAGAACAGGCCGAGAUGCAGAGAAACUUUUGUCAUCUCUCUUUCUAGGAACAGUAACUCGCUGGGUCUGGAUUGUGACAUGAUGCUUCCUGGAGAGCCCCACUGCCCAGCUGAGGAGCUGCUAGACGAUCUGUCUCAGAGUUCUGGAUAUUUCCAGGCAAAUCAGCAAACAGAGACCAACAGCACUUCAAAGCGCCCUCUGGUGGAAACAUCAAAGCAUAACAUGGAAGUCCUGCCAGCAGAUGAAUGUGACCGUUCAGAGAACCCAACAUCUAAAAAAUCCAGACGAGACGAAGCAGGAGGUUCCAGGAACAGGAUGAUAUCGUCACUGGGGAAAUAUGCUGAUGGUUACGACUCCAGGCGAAAGAGAAAAACAAGGAAAAGCAGUAAAAAGGUUUUAUCUGAAGAUGAAUCUGGUCUGCAUCCCAUCUGCCGUGAUGAGCUUCUUGUCUGCAGCCCUUACAGUCUGGAGGUCAGGAAGGAAGGUAAAGAGGAUUUUCAGAUGCUCCUCAGCCAUGAUCAUUAUGACAUUGGUGAAAAUCCACCUGAUCCUAAAGACUCCAAAGGCAGGAAUGCUUCAAAACUACAAAGGAAGACAAAGCUGCACACAGCAGCCGAAACCAAGAACCUAAGGGAGACAUUUGUCAUCCACAGACCGACAUGUCAGGACAAAAGCAAUAACACAAGGACAUCGGUUGUUAAUGAUGAGAUGGAUCAUCAGGAUGUCAGCUUUCUGAUAAUGGAUGUGGAUCCACCAUCGCUGCUUGCAGAGCUCAGCACUCUGGACCCAGAAUCCAAUUCUGCACCCAACUCUCCAAAAAGGAGCCCAUCAUGCAGGCUGGUGGUGACUGAGGGGUCAACUAGAGCCUCACCAGCAGGAAGAACUCUAACAACUGUUACCAACACAUUUCCAAACCCAUAUGGUGAAAAUAAAGGAAGAAGCAGGAGAAAGGACUGUGUGGUCUCCUAUAAGGAGCCACCACUGAACAGGAAAAUUAGGCGUGGAGAUGAUUUCACAGACACCACAUUUCUGAGUUCUCCGGUGUUUAAAGGCAGGAGGAAGAAGACGAAGAAGACGAAGGAGUAGAAGAAAACAGUGGGGUGGGCUGUGGACAGACAACAACAAAUACUUUUUCCUUGUGAUAAAUCCAGUGUUCUAGUUUCCUACAGAGAAUGCUAGUUCAGAAUUUGUUCAAAUUUGUGGUGUUAAGACUUUAGAUUUUUUACAUCAUUGUCAUUGGGGAUGUAUCAGCUGUUUGCUCCUGAUGGGAGGCCAGCUGUAAAUAAUUGAGUGGAAGCUGAUAACCCGAUACUCCCUGUGAUGUUCAGCUGCACAGAAUAAAGUCUCAGUUAAGCCAA